AUGAGUUCCAUUACGCCGUUACUGAAUACAUUUCUCAUUCUUCCGAAUUUUGAAAGGUCCUUUUUCAACUUCACCUAUUCAUUUAAAUUGCAGAAACCUUUGACCCUAGGAUGGCCGUCAACACCGUUGCGCAAGAAAAUGGCCUUCUGCCAAAAGCAUCCCUGGAGGCUUUGGCAGAACUCAUGUCCCGCCCCGACCCAACCAUCAUCGGUAUUGUCCUGACUGGAUCCGCAGCACGUGGCAUGGCAACCCAGUACUCUGAUGUGGACGUCUUGGUGAUUCGCGAUGAAUCAGAGACGGACAAUCCGCGCGAAGACAGGAAGACUUUGGCAAUUGACGAGCUCCCCAAGACGUUGACAGAGAUUGAGACGAUCAAGCCCGUUGGCUCCGAGGGAGCAUGGGAACGCUGGUCAUACGCUUGGGCACAGGUCCUCCGAGACUCGACAGGGGGACGAAUCACAAGGGCUGUGCGGCGGCAGGCAACGCUGAGCGAUGAUGAGAUCCGGAAACUGUUGAUCGACGACUCACGCGUGGACUGGUUCAUCAACGAAACCUACCGAGCUCUGAAGUCGCAUCGCGAUGGGCGGCCUCAGGCUUCGCGGUUGGACUCGGUGGAAGCUAUCGUCCCUAUGCUUGACCUUGUCUUUGCGCUGGCUGGCAGAGUCCGCCCAUAUAACAAGUAUCUGCAAUGGGAGCUGACGAAUCAUCCCCUGCCGAGCGCAGAGUGGCAGGACGGGCGUCUUCUGGAGUAUGUAACUGGGAUGCUGGAGGGGGAUGUCGCCGUCAUUCGUGCAGUUUUUCACGCGGUAGAGAGAGAAUGCCGGGCAUAUGACCAGAAGACGGGACGAGGAGAGCUGGGUGCCGUGAUCGAUGAAUGGGGGAGCGACCUUGACUUGUAUCGGUCCGUAGAUCAUUAGACGUAUCAAUUUCGGUAGCUGCCGAC